GGUUUUGGUGAGAAUCGUUUGGGUGUUAUAUAUGCAGUGCAGUGUUUGAUAAUCAGAAGAACUUCUUUGUUUUUGAUUUUUCAAUAAAAGCUAGAACCAAUCCGAAUACUAUUUUGAAUAGCCCGAAGAUUUGACAUUACCGAAUCUCGGUGUUUCCUCUUACAUCAAUACCGAUUAUAGACCUAAAACGUGGUAACGUCCAUAUCUCGGUAAUCAGAAGGUAUUAACCCUCAAAGUAUUUCAAUUUUCUGAACAGAAAACUUGGUCUGCGAAGGUUGAAACCAAGUUAUGUUUGCUCAGCUCACCCUUCUCUUUCGAAUGAUGCAUGAUUCGAUCGAAUAUAAAAUAGUAUAUGAAUUUUGAAUUACGCGCGCCUCAUCUUUGAGGUCGUUUUUUUCCAAAAACCCGGAUGUUUCGAUUUUCUUCAAUAAUUGCGUCGACAAGAAAGUGAAGCGUUCAGAAGCCUUAAAAUGACGAGAAACGGAAGUUUUGCUGCGGUCGAUCAUUUUAUCAUUAGAGCUUACAAGUUCAAGUGUAUACUCUUCUGAAGCGAUUAUUACAUUUUUAUUCUGAUCAAUCAGCUAUUGAACUACUUUAUCUCUCCUAGGUGUCAUUAAACUUCUAUGUGAAAAUGGUGCAUCACUCGAUUGUAAAGAUGUAGCUGGUUAUUCAUGUAUUCAUCAUUGUACAACAUCAAUGGCUAAUCAUUUAUCUAUUGAAAUAGGAAAAUAUUUAGUUGAUUAAGGUGCAGGUGUUAAUACUGAAAACCGUGCUGGCCGUGUAGCACUUUUAGAACCUAUUAUGUGUAUGAGAGAAGAUUGUGUUGAAUUUUUAUGUUUAUAUGGUGAUGCUGAUCCAACUUUAACAGAUUCAGAUGGUGUUGCACCCAUGUCACUCGCAAGAAUGUUUCCAAAAAUUCAACUAAUAUUUAGUAAACGAUUGAAGCGAAAAGCGUUUCUAAAUAAACGGGUGAAAUUACAUGAUCUAAAAGGAGCAGAUGAUGCUGCUGGAACGUUGAAUGGCUCUGAAGGUACCGUUCUCAGGUAUGAUCCGUCAGAUCAACGGUUUCACAUCCAGUUAGACAAUGAUGAGAAACGUAUGCUCUCAAUUAAAGAAGAAAAUUUAGAAUUGAUCGAAAAAUUACAAGAAUGUGCAGCAAAAGGAUGUAAAAACUUUCGUGAUUCAAGUGUCAAAUGUCCUCGAUGUUUGGUGACUAUAUAUUGCAGUGAUUCAUGUCGUCGCCUCACUGGUCGAAACACAAACAGAUUUGUCAAAAGUUAG